CACCAGCUUUUUUUUUUUUGCCAACCUUCUAAAACAACUAUCUAUGGGAAUAGAAAUAACCAAGCAUGUGAUUGGUGUAGCAUAUAUAUUAAUCAAAUCACUCAUCUUCUUAUCUUUAAUCCUAUAAAAUCUUCAUAUAGAUUUCUUUUCAUUAUUUUUAUCCAUCACCAAAGUUUCUUUAUUGUCUCCCUCGUUGUCUUCUCAGAUCAUUACUUCAAUCCCUCAAAACUUGCUUAGUCCGUAACUCAAAGCUAGAUCCAAACUUUAACUCUCUCCCUCUCUCUCUCCAAGUUUUGAGAACGCUCAACAUUUCAAGAAAAACGAAACAGUACAAAAGUUGGAAACUUUGCAUAAUGGGUAUGAUAACAGAGUCAAAGUUCCAUGUUCUGGCUGUUGAUGAUAGUCUCUUUGAUCGGAAAAUGAUAGAGAGAUUGCUGCAAAAGUCUUCUUGUCAAGUAACCACAGUUGAUUCAGGCUCCAAAGCUCUAGAGUUUCUGGGGUUGAGAGAAAGUAACGACCCAAAUGCAGUUGAAACCCAUCAGGAAGUUGAGAUCAAUCUCAUAAUCACAGAUUACUGUAUGCCUGGAAUGACUGGUUAUGACUUGCUCAAGAAAGUUAAAGAAUCAUCAGCAUUUAAAAGCAUUCCCGUAGUGAUAAUGUCAUCAGAGAACGUUCCUGCUAGAAUCUCUAGAUGUCUGGAAGAAGGAGCUGAGGAGUUUUUCUUGAAACCAGUAAAGUUGGCUGAUGUUACCAAGUUGAAACCUCAUAUGAUGAAAACCAAGUUGAAGAAAGAAGGUGAGAAACCAUCAGAAGAAGAGAAUGCAACUUUGAAACCGGUGAUUGAAAUCCUGCCUCUCCACCAAGAACUUGAGUCUGAACAACAUGAAUCAUCAACGUUGAGUAGUAAUAAGAGGAAAGCAAUGGAAGAAGUGAUAUCUACUGGCCGAUCACGUCCUAAAUACAAUGAUAUCACAACCUCGGUCUGACCGGUUCGGUGUCCUGCAGAAGUUUUUGAAAGUUUGAAAACUUUGGUUUCAGAGUUUGUUUUCAUAGGAAUGCUUCUUCCGGUAAAUACAGAGAGAAUGAAGAUAAUAUGUAGAUGAUGAUGGUAAUGGUAACAGUUCUUGAAUUGUUAUUACUGUAUUUCAUUAUAUGAAAAAAAAUCAGCAAAUUCUCAGU